UCCAACAACAAUCGCCAGAGAAUAAUAAUUGUGCUAACGAUUAUUUCUACACCAAAGCUUACUUAUUACAUGUGUAUUUUCGCGGUUAAAGUUCAUGUCGUUGAAGAUUAGACUUCGAUUUAGAGGAUCGGCAGCACUAAUCUUAUCCAGCGGCGGAGCACUUGAAUCUGAACCAGAAUCUGCCCACAGAGCGCAGUUCGAAUUCCCCAGCAAUCAGUCAGUGCGCGUUAUUCUCCGAACAAAGACGUUUAGCGGUGGAUCGGUUAAUCCACAGUACAGAACCUGUUUACGUGACUUGAUUGCUUGAUUACUGCAUCGACAUAGAAAUGCCAGCAAAGGAAGUGAACCCCGACCUGCAGAAGGAGCGCAACACGGCCACCUUCAAUCCUCGCGAGUUCUCCGUUUUGUGGGCGGGCGGCGAGGAUCGUUUUCAGGAGAAGAAGACCCUGGAGAAACUGUUUUUGGAGGAUCCUGCUCUUCAGGACGACCUGCCCAUUUCAUAUUUGUCCCACAAGGAGCUCUAUGAACACAGUCUGAGGAAAGCCUGCAUUAUUGGGGAGAAGAUCCGCAAGCUGCGUGCAGAUGGCGAGGAUGGAGUGGAUACAUACAAUGCCCUGCUUGGUGGAUCCUUGGGAGCCGCAAUUUUGAAGGAGGGCAAUCCUCUUGCCCUGCACUACGUAAUGUUUGUGCCCACCAUCAUGGGCCAGGGAACAAUGGACCAGCAGGUGGAAUGGCUGAGCAAGGCCUGGGACUGCGAGAUUAUUGGCACCUAUGCCCAGACAGAACUGGGACACGGAACCUUCCUGCGCGGCCUGGAAACCCGGGCUGACUACGAUGCCAAAACCCAGGAGUUUGUGAUAAACACUCCAUCGCUUAGUGCCUACAAGUGGUGGCCAGGAGGAUUGGGACACACUGCCAAUCAUGCGGUGGUGGUGGCUCAGCUGUAUACCAAGGGCGAAUUCCGUGGUCUGGCUCCGUUUAUUGUCCAGCUGAGGGACUCCGACACGCACAGCCCAAUGCCUGGCAUUGAUAUUGGGGACAUUGGCACCAAGCUGGGCAUGAAGGGCGUAAACAAUGGCUAUUUGGGAUUGAAGAACGUUCGAGUGCCUUUGAACAACAUGCUGAUGAAGAACCAGCAGGUUCUGCCCGAUGGCACCUAUGUGGCGCCCAAGAACAGUGUACUCACCUACGGAACAAUGAUGUUUGUGCGUUGUGCUCUGAUCCGUGAUACCGCCCAGACUCUGGCCAAGGCAUCCACCAUUGCCACCAGGUACUCGGCUGUCCGCCGUCAGAGUCCCAUUGAUCCAAACCAGCCGGAGCCACAGAUCAUGGACCACACCACACAGCAGCUGAAGUUGUUCCCCCAGAUAGCCAAGGCCAUUGUGUUUAAGACCACGGGCGAUGGUAUCUGGAACAUGUACAAUGUGAUUUCGGGCGAGAUCGAGCAGGGAAACUUGGAUCGUCUGCCCGAGAUGCAUGCCCUGUCCUGCUGCCUGAAGGCCAUUUGCAGCGCUGAUGCCACCGCCGGCGUGGAGACGUGUCGCCUGUCCUGUGGUGGACAUGGUUACAUGGACUGCUCCAACUUCCCCACAAUCUACGGCAUGAGCACCGCUGUUUGCACCUAUGAGGGCGAGAACACAGUGAUGCUUCUGCAGACUGCCCGCUAUCUGGUGAAGGUUUAUGGCCAGGCUCUGAAUGGCGAAAAGCUGGUGCCCACUGUUUCCUACAUUAAUGAUGCUGUGAACCAAAAGAAGUUCGUUAACUUUGAUGGAUCAUUGGAGUCUAUUGUUAAGGCAUUCCAGUUCGUGGCUGCUAACAAAACCCGUAUUGCCUAUGAGCAGAUUGAACUGCGUCGCAAGCAGGGACAUGGAACUGAGGUGGCAGCCAAUCUUUGUGGCACCUUCUUGACAUCGGCGGCAGAUCUUCAUGGACGUGCCUUCCUGGCCCAGACUGCAUAUACGGAACUUCUGGCUCUAUCCCGCAAUGUCUCGCCUGCUCUGGCUGAUGUCCUAAAGGUGGUGCUGGAGCUUUAUCUGGUGGACGCCUGCCUCAACCGCAUUGGCGACUUCUUGCGGUUCAUUGAUUUGACCGAUAAUGAUGUCACGCAAUUGGAGGUUCGCCUAGAAAACUGCUUAAAGCGACUCCGUCCAAAUGCCGUCACACUAGUGGACAGUUUCGAUCUGCACGAUCGCGUACUCGAUUCCGCCCUGGGAGCCUACGAUGGCAACGUCUAUGAGCACAUCUUCGAGUCCACGAAGAAAAAUCCGCUGAACAAGGAGCCCGUGAACGGAGCAUUCCACAAGUACUUGAAGCCAUUCAUGAAGGCGCACCUUUAGAUUGCAACUUAUUAUUGUUACUAUUGUAAAUAUACCUAUAUGAUUGUAUUGUUUUCGUAUUCUACAACUGUUAUGCUUUGCAAUUGGUCUGAAAGACAUUAUUAAAGGCUUGUGCAGUUGAAACUAGGCUGUAAAAUUAUACACAAAUAAAAUAUUCUUCAAGAAAUAA